AUGGGAAUCUCACGCGACUCGAGGCACAAGCACUACAAGACCGGAGGCCGCAGCAAUGUCUCCAUCAAGAAGCGCAAGUACGAGAUGGGCCGGCCAGCCACUCCUUGCAAGCUGGGCAACAAGCGCGUGCGAGUGGUGCGUUGCCGUGGUGGCAACAAGAAGUACCGUGCCUUGAGGCUAGACACGGGCAACUACGCCUGGGGCUCCGAAAACGUGACGAAAAAAGUCAGAAUCCUGGAUGUGGUCUACAAUGCCACCAGCAACGAACUGGUGCGAACCAAGACAUUGUUGAAGAACACGAUCCAGAAGGCCCGUGCUGCCAACCAGAAGCUCGACAUCAACCUCGAGGAGCAGUUCCAGAGCGGACGCCUUCUGGCGUGCAUCGCCUCCCGCCCUGGCCAGUGCGGCCGCGCGGACGGCUACGUUCUCGAGGGCGAGGAGCUGAGCUUCUACAGGCGCAAGCUCGAGAAGAAGAAGAAGAACUGA